AUGUAUAUCGAUGGGUCUGACAAGAGCUGUUACUACUUUCUUCUUAUAUAUUUGGAAGUAUAUAAUCUUCCAGUCCUAAAUUUCACAUCUAAGGUUGUUUCACUUAUCAAGAUCAACCAUUUGCUUUUGUUACUAAUAUAUUUCAUACUCAAAGACGAAAGUACACCGAUUGUGAUGAUGAACAGUCAUUCUACAAGAAUAAAAAGGUGGUGGAUAUAUGUCGUCGCUUCUUAUUUCAUUGAUCCCCUUUUUGACUAA